AUGGGUCAUCCCUCCCAACUCACCCCACCACAUGCCCCACCACAUCACUCCCCUCACCCCACCACAUGCCCCACCACAUCACUCCCCUCACCCCACCACAUGCCCCACCACAUCACUCCCCUCACCCCACCACAUGCCCCACCACAUCACUCCCCUCAAGCCACCACGUCUCUCAACUCACUGCACCACGUGCCGCAUAUCUGCAAGCGAAUAGUGCUCGUGGGGGGGGAAAGAAGCCUUCCAGACUCUGUUCUGAGACACCUAGCUUCAACAACGUGCCACGUGCCAGUGCUCACCCCACCUCGUGCCAGUGCUCACCCCACCACGUGCCAGUGCUCACCCCACCACGUGCCGCAUGUCAGCGAGGGAGAAGCGCUCGUGGGGAGAGUGGGCACCCUUCCAGAGGCGCGGGAAGGAGGGCACCAGGUGCCAGUGACUGGGGGGAGGGUGAAGAGGGAGGGGGGGAAUGGGGCACGCGCGGACCAGGACCCGGACAAAGGCGCGUGCGCGGACCAAGGCGCGCGCGUGGACCAAGGCGAGCGAGCGUGGACCAAGAGACGCGCGCGGACCAAGGCGCGCGCGCGCACGGACCACGGCGCGCGCGCGCGCGGACAGAGGCGCGUGCGCGGACAGAGGCGCGCGCGUGGACAGAGGCGCGCACGCGUGGACCAAGGCGAGCGCGCGUGGACCAAGGCGCGCGAGCGUGGACCAAGGCGCGCGCGCCGACCAGCGCGCGCGCGAGGACCAAGGCGCGCGCGCGGACCAAGGCGCGCGCCCGGACCAAAGCGCGCGCGCGGACCAAGGCGCGCGCGUGGACCAAGGCGCGCGCGCCGCACGCCCGCGUGGACCAAGGCGCGCGCGCGGACCAAGGCGCGCGUGUGCGGACCAAGGCGCGUGCGCGCGGACCAAGGCGGGCGCGCGGACCAAGGCGGGCGCGCGGACCAACGCGCGCGCCCGGACCAAGGCGCGCGCCCGGACCAGCGCGCGCGCCCGGACCAGCGCGCGCGCCUGGACCAACGCGCGCGCCCGGACCAGCGCGCGCGCCCGGACCAGCGCGCGCGCCCGGACCAACGCACGCGCCCGGACCAACGCGCCCCCCGGACCAACGCGCGCCCACGGACCAACGCGCGCCCCCGGACCAACGCACACCCCCGGACCAACGCGUGCUCCUGGAACAACGCGCGCGCCCGGACCAACGCGCGCCCCCGAACCAACGCGCGCCCCCGGACCAACGCGCGCCCCCGGACCAACGCGCGCCCCCGGACCAACGCGCGCGCCCGGACCAACGUGCGCGCCCGGACCAACGCGCGCCCCCGGACCAUCGCGCGCGCCCGGACCAACGCGCACCCCCGGACCAACGCGCGCUCCGGGACCAACGCGCAAGCCCGGACCAACGCACGCCCUCGGACCAACGCGCGCGCUCGGACCAACGCGCGCCCCCGGACCAACGCCCGUCCCCGGACCAACGCGCGCCCCCGGACCAACACGCGCGCCAGGACCAACGCGCGCCCCCGGACCAACGCGCGAAACCGGACCAACGCGCGCCCCCAGACCAACGCGCGCCCCCGGACCAACGCGCGCCCCCGGACCAACGCGCCCCCCCGGACCAACGCGCGCCCCCGGACCAACACGCGCGCCCGGACCAACGCGCGCGCCCGGACCAACGCGCGCCCCCGGACCAACGCGCGCUCAGGGACCAACGCGCGCGCCCGGACCAACGCGCGCGCCCGGACCAACGCACGCCCCCGGACCAACGCCCGUCCCCGGACCAACGCCCGUCCCCAGACCAACGCGCGCCCCCGGACCAACGCGCGCCCCCCGACCAACGCGCGCCCCCGGACCAACACGCGCGCCCGGACCAACGCGCGCGCCCGGACCAACGCGCGCCCCCGGACCAACGCGCGCGCCCGGACCAACGCGCACCCCCGGACCAACGCGCGCGCCCGGACCAACGCGCGCGCCCGGACCAACGCGCACCCCCGGACCAACGCGCGCGCCCGGACCAACGCGCGCGCCCGGACCAACGCGCGCCCCCGGACCAACGCGCGCCCCCGGACCAACGCGCCCCCCCGGACCAACGCGCGCGCGCGCGGACCAAGGCGCGCGCGCGCGGUCCAAGGCGCGCGCACGUGGACCAAGGCGCGCGCGCGGUCCAAGGCGCGCACGCGCGGACCAAGGCGCCCGCGCGUGGACCAAGGCGCGCGCGUGGACCUAGGCGCGCGCGUGGACCAUGGCGCGCACGCGGACCAAGGCGCGCGUGUGGACCAAGGCGCGCGCGCGUGGACCAAGGCGCGCGCGUGGACCUAG